AUCUGAUAAAGCAGAAGCAGACACUUUCCUUAGAAGCAGACACAGGUUACAGUGCCGCUGGCGUAACAGGGGAACCGCUGCACAGGGACACGUGGCUGCCAAGGCAAAAGCAGCAGGUACGCUCAGCAGCUGAGAGAAAACUUGGGAAUGCUUCAGAUCAUGCAUUCAGGCUUCUGAAAGGGCAUGUUUCCCUCUUAGACAUGAAGAGACCUGUCAUAGAAAAAGAGAUGCUAAAAUGUGAUUAGGAGAAGAGAAAGCUGGAAUCUUGUCAACCAGGUCCUGAAGAGCUAACAGAUGACAACCCACCAGACUACACAAGGGUUUUUAUUGCACCCAGGCUGGAGUUAGCCCAAGGACRCUACUGCAGUGGACAAUGGACAACAACACUGUUGAAUGCCAUGAUGAUCACACCCUGGAUAAGUAUUUGUUUCCAUUUGUGUACAGCAUUGUGAUGAUGAUCAGUAUUCCCAUCAACUGCAUAUCCCUCUAUGCAUCUUGCAUUCAGGUGAGRAAAAAAAAUGAGUUAGCAGUCUACAUCUUUAGCCUGUCCCUGGCCGACCUUUUGUACUCUUUGAUUCUGCCUCUCUGGAUUGAUUAUGCCUGGCAUGGAGAUGACUGGAGGUUCUCUGCCUCCCUUUGUCAGAUUUUUGCCUUCCUUAUGUAUAUGAAUUUCUACACCAGCACCGCAUUCCUUGCCUGCAUCUCUAUCGACAGGUACCUGGCAUUGGUUCACCCCCUGAAGCUCCAGUUCUUGCGCACAAGAAGRUUUUCAUUGAUUGUCAGCAUGAUUGUUUGGCUUCUGGAAAGCAUCUUUAAUUCAGUCAUAUUGGUGUACAAGGAAGUAUUCAAUGAUCCUUGUAAUUUCACUAAUCACACAUUAUGCUAUGAUAAUUACCCGCUGGAAAGGUGGCAGGCGAACAUAAAUUUAUUCCGAAUAUGCUCAGGGUACUUGGUCCCUUUGACAAUCAUCAUGUUUUGUUACCAUAAAAUCUACCAAGUAGUGAGAUAUAACCAAGCCACAGUAGAUGAAGAAAAGAAAAAAGUGAGAAAACUUAUUCUAAGCAUCACAGUUAGUUUCAUUGUUUGCUUCACUCCUUAUCAUGUUGUGUUGCUUAUUCGCAGCAUCAAAGAACCUUCCAACACGGACCAGCAUCUUUUGUUGUUGAUGUAUAAGGUUUACAGAAUCACACAGGCCUUAACAAGCUUGAAUUGCAUUGCAGAUCCCAUUCUGUACUGCUUUGUGAGUGAAACUGCACGAACAGAGAUAGUGAGUUUGCUCAGGUGUUGUUUGUGCCUACGAAAGCRUGAGGAAGACCAAGUGAAAGAAUAUGCUCUGUGCAGUUCUCCUACAAAAAGCAGUGCACUGAUCACCUACAGAACCUCCUGUGAAACACAGACUGUCAAAAAUUCUUGAAUGAGUGCAUGCAAGGGAAAAUUGGAUAACCUUAAAGGAAAAGAAAGAAAAAWUCUUCUCUGCUCUGUACCCAGGAAAUGCCCCAAAAGUCAGAGAUACCAAUCUAAGCAAAACUGGUAGCUGUAGUCRAUAAGAACUUACUAUUGGGUCAAUGAAAUCAAUGGAGCAUCAACAUGUUUUUAAAUCAGGUAUGGUAUAUAAAUCAAUGGCAACAAACAAAUGCACAGUCAAGGAUGGCUGUGCCAUGCUGAUGGAAUUACUGAGGAUUCCCCACGGAACUGUCUCCUGCURCAGAUUGCUUGCCAGCCUGCUGCAGUGUGCUUUGCUGGAGAGAGGUUGAAGGCCUCUUUGUCCUGACUAAAAAAGGAGCAGACAGAGGGACUGUGGUAAAGUUCUAUCAUUUCAUGGUGUAAUUUAUGCUGCUAUGAUGGUUCCUGUAUUUCUUAAAAGACUCAGAAUUCUUCAGCAUAUACCUGAGAUCAGCCACUUCUUAAAAUUGUUUACCUCCUGUGUACAGGUACUUACCUGCCCUUAACUUUUUGUUUUCUUUGAAAAACAUAUGUUCUAACAUAUAACUGUAUGUCAUGCUAUUUCAUUAUAAAACCAGUAUUGGGUUUCAGAUAGUUGAAGUUCCAUUACUUCAGGUGCCUAUAAAGAACCAAAUUGUAGCCACCAGUGUUUUACCUUGGAUGAAACUUUUCCUGAUACAUGCAGAGAGGAGAAGGAUAGAAAGGUGAGGUUUCACAUCUCCACAACAUAAAGGGUCAGCCUUUAGGGYUGCUAAUUAUGACUGAAAUCCGGAGUGUCGGUGGAGUGUAGUGGUUCCAUUUCCAGACUCAUUAGAGCCAGGUUUGCAUCCAUUUACUUUACUGUCCAUGGGAGCUUCAGGUUCCAGGGCUCUCAAUCUGCCAAUUUUUAAAAAAUUAAACAAGCAAGUUGGCAAUGCUGACAAGCUACCAAAGAACAAAUAGUAAGAAUGGAAGCAAAAGAACUCACAUUUUGAAAGAGUUGACAUUAGAACAAAUCAAAAGUGAAGCUGUUAGUUCAGGGACCUGUUCAUGUGCAGCCCCAGAAACAGCUGCCUGGCUCCCUGGUUCCCUAUCCUCUCCAGACACUUGAUCUUCUGAAAAGUGUUAAAACAUUAUGUAAAGUCUCUAUUUUUSUUCUCUCACAACUUUGUGCUUUUACUCGAUUCCCAGGAAAAUUAUUGGGUUAUGGUGGUUUUUCARUUUUAUAGAGAAAGAAUUUUUCUUUCCAUAAAAAAAAAAUUGCCCUCUUGCAAAUUUAUGUGGCAGAAAGAUUUUGACCAGCACUUUCAGCAUCCUUUUAGGUCUGACAUUAUGUAUGGUGGAUGUGCAUAAAGUGGKCACAAGCAAUAAGAAAUUUCUUAUGAGAAUAUCCUUCUGUGUGUAAAUUAAAAUUUUCUUCAUUGCAAAGAGCAUUCCAUUGUUUUUGUGAGUUGCUCUGUGUGUGGCUGUACUUUCGUUUAAUUUCACAUUCUGAAGUGGGAGCUUGCCAGGCUGUGGAAGCUGGGCUUGUUCAGCCUGGAGAAGAGRAGACUUUAGGAGACCUAAUGGCAGCUUUGCAAUCCUGCAAAGAGGGUAUUGAGAUGAUGGGAGCCAAGCUCUCCACAAGAGCUUUGAAAGCAGGAGUGGUGUGGUUUAGCCUGGCUGGAAAUGGAGCACCAUGCAGCCACUUGCUCAGCCCCCUUUUGUGUCCCUCACAAAUAGGUGGAAUGGGGAGGAGAAUCAGAGUAAAACUUCUAGAUUGAGAUAAGAAGUUUAAUAAUGGAAAAUAAAUUAAAAUAUAAUAAUAAUGUUUUUUAAUAAUAAGGGAGGAAACAAGUGACGCACAAUACAAUUGUUCACCACCCACUGACCGAUGACAGACCCCACCCAGAUCAGCCACCAUUCUGGGUAACUUCCCCCAGAUUAUAUAUUGGACAUGACAUUCUAUGGUGGGGAAUAUCCCAUUGGCCAAUUUGGGUCACCAGUCCCAGCUCUGCUCCCUCCCAGUUUCUUUUGCUCACCUGCUCGCUGGCAGAGCAUCAGACAAAAAGAAAAAYCUCCUUUGCUUAGGAUAAAGACAACUUAGCAAAAAACCUAAAUAAAUCAGUGCGUUAUCAACACCAUUCUCAUUCUGAAUUCAAAACACAGCACUGUAACAGCUACUGAGAUGAAAUUAACUCUACCUGAGCUGAAACCAGGAGAAGGAGGGACAUGAAACCAUGCAUAACUUGAAGCUAGAAGGGUCAGAGUUGAUAUAAGGAAGAGCUUCUGAACUAUGAAGAACUGAUAAGCUGUGGAGCAGGUUGCACCAAGCUGUUCUGUGUGCCCCAUCCUCUGGUUUUCAACAUCCAACUCAACAAMGUUUGAGCAAAGUGUGGCCUUGUAGCUGACCUUCCCCUUAGCAGAAGGUUGGACUUGAGAUUUCCUGAGGUCCCUUCAAACCACCACUAUCCUGUCAUCCUCUGGGUAGUCRCUAUUCUGACUGUUGCCUUCCUCUCUAGAAAAUUACCUUCCCUUCCCUUUUUUAUUUCCAUUUGCUGGAUUUUGGUUUGAUGUGGGCUUGCAAUUCUGAUUUGUUUUUUUUUUUCUUCUGUGGUUCCUUCUUAUAUAUUAUGAAGGAUAAGUUGUGCAAGCAGCAGUGCAAGUUACAUCAUCAUGGAUUUUUUCCUGUGCUGACCUAUGCAUUUUGCAACAGAAUGUGAAAUUUCAUUGCAGUAUUGGAAUAAAAGCAGAACCAAACCUCACUGUAACUUCAUAGAAAAAGGAACUCAGUGAUUCAUUUUUAAAUCUUUCACGUGUCAUAAAGGUUGGAAAGUUAAAUCUAUUUGGGCUUUUAAUUUAAAGAAUUUAAAAAUUAAUUUAAAGAAUAAUGAAUACUAAAGCUAAGCAACAAAACAGAGUCAAAUUUAACCUCUGUGUCUGGGAGUAGUGAGAGCUGGCAGCUCCGCAAGGGGCAGUGAGCCAGGAGCCRAGGGUGACAGCCAGGCAGACUGGGCAGAAUCGUCACCAACAUGGCACAGUCCCACCRGACCCCAGAAAGGCACAGGAGCAGGUCUGGCCAGCUGUUCUGUGAUCACCAGACAAAUCUGUGGUGACGAGGCAGCGCGGGGUCAGGCCAAGCCAGGAAGGCAAGGUGGGGUCAGCGGGUGCAAGGUUGGACGUGGCAGUGCCAUGUCAGCAUUGCCUCUGCAUGAGCAGCCAGUUCCUGAGGUAGUAGAAGAGAUCACAGACUCAGUUGGUAAAGUUAGGGCCCUGAGCCUCUGCAAAAAGCUUAAUUUCAAAAAAUUUGGCCCUGGAAUUUUAUAUUCUUUAAUACUGCACCAUUGCUCAUGACAGCCAUAGCUUGGACCAGCUGCCAUUG